UCGAGCGCUCGUUCAGGGUCCCUUUGGUUUGACAUUUUUUUUUCCAAGAUGGAAUCGUUACGCAAAAAACAGAGGAAAACGUACUGAAAGGUGUAGAAGGUGCGGAAGAAACAGCCUCGAUGACUGUUUCGCCCAGACAGCGUUGGACAACCUAUGCUGAACCAUUUGUAGUAGCCGCCAUAUCAUGAGUAAGGAAGGUGGACGUCUCAUAUCGCCGGUGGCGGAGAAAAGUAAGGCCGGGAGCGAGCCACGCGUCGGGAAUCCACGACGUCAAAGCACAGCUGCAGGCAGUCAACCAGAGCUUAAAGGCCACGAUGGGGACUCCGUUGGACCCGUGGAGUAUGGUGACAGCCCACGACCAUCUGUUAGCGUCAUCCAGGGCGAAGUGGGCAAUUUGCCGGGUAUUGACGAGCACCCGCUCUUAAGUAUUGGAGGCACAGACCACCGACGUGAACGCGUACCAGCGAAAUCCGACUCUCUGUCGCCGUCUGAGCCGUCCCCUGACGUUAUCUCUCCUACCGGCGUGACGCACACGCCCUCGACUACCCCAAGUGCGCCGCGCACCACUGUAUCGCCUAGCUCCGUGUCUCCCACACCAGUGUCAUCCGCCAAUGCGCACACUGCUUCGCCGGACUCAGUGCAACCUGCUUCUGAGGAAAAGGUUGAUAUCGCGAAAGAGUUUCUUGACGAUGUUUAUAGUGAAGCUGCAGGUGAACACAAAGUGCCUCCAGUGCCUGCUCAGGAAGCUGCGAAGCAGGAAACAAAGCCUCAAGCAGCGUCACCAAUGGCUACUGGACAGCCUGUGGCCCAGUCACCAGAAGGUGGCAAACCACAAGAGAAGCGCGUGAAAUCAACCCAUAAGACUAUCACUUCUGGAACAACGAAGACAUCGGCAGCUGGCUCCAGUGAAGAGUCCGGAUCAGAGGAGUCCGGUGAGUCGAGCUCGUCAGGAUCUGAAGAGACUGGUUCAACAGCGUCAGAGGAGUCUUCUUCCACCGAAAAGCCAGGAUCGAAACAGCCUCCGGUUCCUUCAACCGCUCUACCUGCAAAAGUACCUGCCACUCAACCAUCGAAGGUUGCACCACCACCUGCAAAGGUACCUGCCACUCAGCCAUCAAAGGUUGCACCACUACCUGCAAAAGGACCUGCCACUCAACCAGCGAAGGUCCCUCCACCAGCAGCACCUAAAGGUGUGGCUGCUGAAGCCAAGGAAACAGAAGAAACGUCCGAAAGUGAAUCGGGUACAGAAUCGAGCUCCAGUUCCGAAACCGAAGGAAGCGAGUCUGCGGAAGCUCUCUUGAAGGCGUCAGGCAAAGGUACCGGAAAGGCACCCUCGGUUAAGUCCAGUAAGAUUGACAAACAACCUUCAGCGACCAAGACGUCGGAGUCUGGAGAGACAACACAUACCGAGACAACGGCAGCCACAACCAAGAGUACGAAGGCUACAACCAAGGGUACAACGAAGCAUACGACUAUGUCUGUCACAGAAACCUCUCCAACUGCCCCAGCGAAAACUAUUUACCCUCCUGUAACGAUUUACCCUGCUCAGCCGGCAUCAUCGGAGGAAAAAAAGCCUUUGGUUCGGAGAAAUGGCAGUGAUACUUACAACGACGUGCAUUCAAACGCAAAUACGAAGAGGCGGCGGAUACCAUGUCUCUUAUUGGUACUGAAUAUUCUCGUAGCCCUUGUGCUGUUACUCAUAUCGUGUAUUUCCUAUAUCAUUGCGUUGCAACAUACACCACCACCUGAGGAACCUGUCACGGAACCGGGCGUGGAUCACGUAUGCCGAGACAUUCAGUGUGGUGUGGCGGGAACUCAUCUUUUUUACGUCCUGAACACUUCUGUGAACCCUUGUGAGAGCAUAUAUAGCUACGUAUGCAAGACGUGGAUGCACGAAUCGCCCGCGAACUACCGCAAAGCAGUGCUUGGAGCACAACGUGUAUUUGUCGACAAUGUCUAUACCGAUAUGAGACGCAUUUUGAGCAAACCUGACCUGCUGAGUAGUGAAUCGCACGCCAUACGCAAGGCGACAUCGCUAUACCAGGACUGCCUCGUGAAGCCCAACAAUGAACAUGAGGGUAUGGCAAGUUUCGGGAGCAUGAUGUCCAGCUAUGAAUUGCUGCACUGGCCGUUCAGAAAUAGUUUUGCUCCUCAACCGCAUCGAACGCUUGCAGCAUUUAUUCGAGACUCUGGCCAAGGACCUGUGGUUUCUGUAAAGAUUACAAGAGAUCCAGAAGGAGACCACAAACGGAUGAUAGCAUUAGACUGUCCUACCUUCGCCGUACCCAUCGGUACAUUAUUGGGCUUCGCAGAUCACAAAGACUUCACUCUGUUUGGUUAUAAACAGUUUAUAACCCAAGUGCUAGCACACUGGCAAGUGCCGCACCGUGAGAGUGAGUGGUACGCACAGAAUAUUAUGGCCUUUGAAGUCAAUUUAGCCAACCGUUGCAAUGAAAUGUGCAGGAAGAAACGGUACAAGAGAAUGACCCUCGAUGAAAUUUCUAAAUCAGUUGGCAACGUAGUUAUCUGGGAACAGUUCUUACAAGCGGUGUUUCAGGACGUGCCUGUUCAGAUCACGAAAGAUACACCCGUUUUGACCCGCUCAAUUCGUUAUCUCAAAGUGGUAUCCACGCUCUUUCAGAAUCCUACCAGUCUUCCCCGAAUGAUGAAUUAUAUUGGAUGGCGGGUCGCUCAUCAUUUCAUGAAGCAGGCCAGCAGAGUUGUUAGACAAGCGGACGAAGAAUUCACAGAACUCAGAAUGAAAGCGGAGAAAGAGCCUUACUGGAGAAAGUGCCUCCGAGAUGUGAACGACGUGAUGCCCCUCGCCAUUGGUCGCAUCUACAUUGAGAAGGUACUCUGGCGAGACAACCAUUUCCCGGCUGUUCGGAUAUUUCUGACUCUCCUAGAGGCUAUGGACAACAUAAUUAAUCGGUUUCCUUGGAUUGGCGACACUGUGAAGGAUGUUCAUGUUAAACUGAGAAAUACCAUGGACUUUGUUAUCAGUUACCCCAUCUGGAUAACAAACACCUCCUUAUUGGAUAUGUACUACUCGGAUGUAUCGGCGCAAGGCGUUUAUUUUGACCGGUUUUGGAGCGCCGCGAGGUCGACGUCCCGGUCGUACUUGAGGAGUUUGAUUCAGCCGGAAAUACCUCGAGCGUUGGCGAAUUUCAUCUUCCCUUCCCGCAUUGUAGAUAUAGAACAUCGAAAGGGUCCUCCUAGAGAAAAGUUAUUUUACGAUGUGCGCGACAAUACAGUGAUUGUACCGGCCGGCGCUCUGCAGCCUCCGUAUUACCAGGAAACACCUUCAGAAGGUCUGAACUUUGGUGGCUUGGGGAUGCUACUUGCACGAGAUAUUGUCAACGAAUGGUUCCACACUUCCGAUGGCUUGCUGAUAGGCAAAGCUAAAGAUGUAUACAAGGAAAAGGCUAAGUGUCUACUCGACAGUAUGAAGGAAGGGCUAGGUUCCAAAGACAGUGCUGAAUGUACCAGUUUGAUAGCGGAUGUCUUUGCCCUCCGUCUGGCCUUCGAGGCGUAUCACAUCUUUCUUGCCGGCAACGACGAUACCACACUGAAGGGCGUCGAUUUCAUGAACCCAGACCAACUGUUCUUCGUGUCUGCUGUGCGCACACUCUGCACCAGUAUAAGAGAACGACAUUUUGCGAACGUUGUACUUUUGGGGAAGGACGUUUUGGAAACUGAUAUGAUCGAUAGAGCCGUCAUGAGCAUGCGCGAGUUUGACGAUGCCUUCAACUGUACUCACUCCAACGGCGAAACAACAAGGCAAAACAGCUUCAACAAGUGCUUGCAGUCUGCAGCAAACUAGCACUAUAAAGGGAACGUGAAAACGAAGAGCUUCAGUCAAGGACUUAUUGGACAAUACAACGCUGGACAGUACAACGCGCUAAGAUUGCAGAUGAUUCUGACAAUGUGUGCUUUGUUGCGGUUGGUUAUGCCUGUGGGAGCUGCUGUUGAGUGGUGGACAACACGGACUGUUCAUGCCGCUGAUUGUGGUUUUCACCUACUCUUAUACAUCAUGUACAUAUGUUCAUAAUGAGUAAAGUCUGGCUUCACAGAGAGCACUUGCAAGACGGACUCAAGUGCUCACCCCAGAUGUCAAAGUUAAGCAUCCACAUAGUGUAAUAUACGCAAUGUUUGUCUUUUUUUAAUGCUUCUCUGUAGAAGAACUGUUCUACGCGGGUUUUAGUAAUAAAGAAGCUACAUGUCCGGCUU